AUGGAUGGUUUCGUCACUGCCCGUGACCGACGAUUAAGCAAACUCGUGCGUGAGCGACAUCGCCCCUCCCACCUGGCUCGGCUGGCAAUCUCCAGUGAUGUUGAGGUUUUUUUUGAUACUUACCAUAGCGGGCUUAUGAUAUCAAUCCCGGGGUUUGCGUGGUGUGCCAUUAAUAUUCUGCUCACUGCGGUUGCCUCUAUCUUGGUGGUCUUUCUGGCUGUAAGUUCUCAUUUCCUGUUAGUUAUUUUAUUUUUGCAGCCUGUUGCAGCAGGUAGUGGUAUUCCGCACGUGAAAUGCUAUCUGAAUGGAUUAAACAUUCCCUUCCUGAUGCGCGGUUUGACCAUGCUUGUAAAAGGAGCGGGCCUAGUGUUGGCCGUAUCCGGUGGUUUGGCUGCUGGUAAGGAGGGCCCAAUGAUCCAUAUCGGGUCGGUGAUUGCUGGAAGAUUGCGUUUUACAAAUUGGUCUAUGCGCUCGUUACGACAUUUCCGCAACGAUCAACAAAAACGUGAUUUCGUCAGCGCAGGUGCAGCAGCAGGAGUGGCUGCUGCUUUUGGUGCACCGGUCGGAGGGUUAUUGUUCUCACUAGAAGAAGGCGCCAGUUUCGUCUAUCAGCGUUUGACUUGCAAUCAUUCUGUAAGAGCAAGAGAGAUAGAGAGAAAGGGUCAUGUUGAGGUGCCAUUCUUCGUUCUGCUCCUCAGUUUAAACUUUUGUGUUUGUGAUUUUAUCUUGUCGUUUUGUUUGUUGAUAUCAUCGUCACCAAAAUAA